CAGAGAAAGGGGAGAUUUGUUUAAAUAGACACGUCAUUUGGCUGUUUUGUUAGUUGAGACAAGAUGAAGGUGUGCUUGGUGUUUCUACUUCUUUUGGCCGCUGUCGUGGCUCAACAGAGAUCACAGUCACAGAGUUCCAACGACGAUUAUGAAUAUUACUAUGAUUAUGAAGAUGAGGAAGAAAAUAAACCUUUGACAAACACACAAACAACUGCCGGACGCCGGACCCCAUCUACACGUACCCAAUCCCAACCUUCACGGUCUCAGGCUACAUCCCCAAGAGCCCAGGCGCCACCCCGUCGCCAUUCGGCUACUAAUACAGCCCGAAGAUCUGGUCGCGGCAAUAAAAAGAACGACGUUUCCACAGUCGUCCAAACAAACGAGGUGUAUACCUGUCCGGAACUGUAUGGCUUCUUCCCUCACUUAACACACUGUGAUAGAUACUGGUCCUGUGACAACGGAACUGCCACUCAGAAGCUCUGCGGAAACGGUCUGGUGUUUGACCCGUUCGACAAGCUCACAGAAAAUUGCGCUUAUGCGUAUACCGUUAACUGCGGAGAUAGAACUGAAUUAGAACCGCCCAUUAGCACUCCUCACUGCCCUCGCUUGUAUGGUGUGUUCGGAGACGAAAAAGAUUGCAAAGUGUUCUACUCAUGUUGGAACGGUGAGGGAUCCCGUUACGAGUGUCCCCCCGGCUUAGCUUAUGACCCUGACCACAGAGUGUGUGUUUGGGCCGACAACGUGCCAAACUGUAAACAACAGGAAGUCGCAGAAGGUUUUGUAUGUCCAGAUCCUAUCGAAACUGCCGAGCAGGCUGGCGUUUAUACCCGUCAUGCUCAUCCAACCGAUUGUAGGUAUUUCUUCGUAUGUAUUGAGGGGGUUGCACGAUCAUACGGAUGUGGAAUAACGACCGUCUUUAAUGCGAAGACUCUACAGUGUGAGGAGCCCGAGAAUGUGGCAGGAUGUGAGAACUAUUACGACGAUUUGGAAGUGGAUCCCAAAAAGCUUGCUAAAUUACAGGGCUGAAGAGUUCCUGGUUAUUUUAUUAAUUGUAUCAGAAACAGUGAAUAAGAAACAAUUUGUUUACUAUCCGUUAUGGAUACAAACCGUUUUAUAACCUGUGUGAUUUGAAUGUAUGUAAUGUGCGAUAUCAACAUAAAAAUAUGAUAAUUAAUAUAAAAUUUUAUCACAAAUGUUUGACGAAAUCUUUUUACAGUCAUUGCCAAUUUAUACUUGCUUUUUAAUUUGAAAACUUCGAUAAUUUUAAAAUCAGGAAGAAUCGGAUAUCCGUUGUAGUUUUGUUAUAAUUAUAUGUAAUAUAAAUUUCUCCUAUCGUUUAACUAGUGUAAUUGUACAAACCAUUAACGUUGGUAGUUUAUAAAUAGUUGACGGAUAGUUAUUUGUAAGUGAUUUAACAAACAGCUGCCACGCCACCUCGUAAUAUUGAAUAUAAACAUGUUUUUAUUUGUUAUAUUAUUUCGAAAUUGCUAAUAAUAAAUAUUUACUUCUUUGAGAAGUGAAAUAUUUGAACUGGUAUGUCUGUGAAGAGCUUCUAUCGUGUUGGACAAUUUGAGCCCGUUAUCUUAGUACCAGUUCACAGG